CUUCCGCUGGCGCAUCACACCUUGGGAGGUCCUUUGACACCUUUCUGCAGAAUAGUCUCAAUGGGAGGUGAGACCGUGAGAACGAAUGACGGUUCAACGGCUCGUCUGGGCAUGACGCCGAACCGACCGGACCGGGGGGGAGAAGGCAAAGGAGAGGACGAUGAGCAUUGGCAAGGGUCUCGGGAUCCAUGGGGCCCUUGGGGUAAAGAAAGGGGACUCCAAAACCUCGAGGGCUCAAGGGGAAAGAUGCCAGAUGGAACGUUUAGAGGUUUCUCUCUGUUCCCGCCGAGGAAUGCCAUGGCCGCUCAUCAAGCCAAAAGUCGGCAUCUCAGGACCGAUAUCAGGUCUCGGCGCAUGACUUAUCAGGAAUCAGAAGCUUCCCGGUGCCACUUUUUCACAAAGAGCUGUCGUAAGCGGACUGGAGCACCUUCUGUAGAUUUUGGCCGGGGAAUAUCGAGGAAUGCCACAUAUUGGUCCAAGAGGGCGAUUUCGAUGGGCUCCAGAGUUCCAAAGUGGUCCAGUUUUUUGGUACCUUGUAUCGGGGAUUGGCACUAUGGACGGAUGGAUGGCGGCGGUGGUCUCAAGGUGUUGCAAACUUGCAGUAAUUUCAAGGUUGAGAUCGGCGCUUGGGUCCACGCUACCGCGCUCGGGAAACCGGGGGGGGGAACAAGGCUCGAGUGUUCGAGACACUGCGACGGUCCAGGUGCCGCGUGCGGCGUGCGGCGCGGACGGCAUGGCAUGCAUACCACUUUCGUGGUUGGAAGCCGGAGUUGGGUUGCCAGGUAUCGCAUCUUUGCCAAAUUCGCCUAAGGUGGCAGUGUGGCACGGUCAUGUAGGUACCCGUCUUCCGAUGAAUCUCCAGGUUCUCGACUUCCAACUCGAGCGGGCCUCAUGUCGCUGCCAUCGUUGAUCUUUGGACUAGACAGGGCGAGACUUGAGAGAGGCAGUGACGCGACCAGCG